GGAAUUAAGGAACACAAGUGUCAUCUAUGUGAGUAUGAGACAUGUGAAAUGAAUAUGCUUCGAAGGCAUAUUGAUACUGUUCAUUUGAAUAUCAAGAAGCAUAAGUGUACCUCAUGUGAAUACGCUGCGAGUCAAAAAACGCACCUUGAAAUUCAUGUAAAAUCUGUUCAUUUAAAUAUCAAGAAACAUGAGUGUUCCUUAUGUGAUUACUCUGCUGGUCAAAAAAUGCACCUCCAAGUUCAUAUGAAAUCUGUUCAUUUGAAUAUCAAGGAUCAUAAAUGUUCCCUAUGUGAAUAUGUUGCAAGUCAAAAAACAAACCUCGAAGUUCAUGUGAAAACUGUUCAUUUGAAUAUCAAGGAAUAUAAAUGUUCCUUAUGUGAAUAUGCUGCCAGUCGAAAAGAGCAACUCGAAGUUCAUAUGAAAUCUGUUCAUUUAAAAAUUAAGGAACACAAGUGUCAUAAAUGUGAUUUUGCUACAAACAAAACAAAUACGCUUCACAGGCAUAUCGACGCCGUUCACUUGAAUAUCAAGAAAUACAAUUGCCACUUGUGUGAAUACGCUGCGGGUAAAAAAGAUAACCUUGAUGCACACAUAAAAUUUGUUCAUUUAAGAAUCAAGAACCACAAGUGUCAUCUAUGUGAGUAUGCUGCGACUUCUAAAAGGAACCUCGACAAUCACAUAAAAUCUCUUCAUUUGAAAAUCAAGGAUCACAAAUGUCACCUAUGUGAAUAUAAUACAAGUGUCAAGUCUCAACUUCAAAGGCAUAUUGACUGUGUUCAUUUGAAUUUGAAGAAACACAAAUGUCCCCUAUGCGAUUAUGCAGCCAAUGAGAAACGUAUCAUCCAACGACAUGUAAAGUCUGUUCAUUUGAAAACCAAGGAUUUCAAGUGUCAGCUGUGUGAAUAUGUUACAAGUACGAAAAUAAAUCUUCAAAACCAUAUAAAAAAGAAACACCACACAACUCAGGUCACAUAAAUAUCUAGAAGUAAUUAUAAAAUGUGCUACAAAUAUACCAGGUAAUUUACGAAGGUUGAGUUGGUCUAAAUUGUAUGAAAAUCCAUAAAGGCACUAAAUAAUUUUGUUUUUAUUGUUGUAAUUAUAGCUAUGGUGAGCUGUGUGUUAUAAAUGAAUAUAAAAUAAUUAGUCUUAGAUGGACUAAGGAAAAUGAUAACAGGACUCAAUAUAAGUUUGAUGAAACUUUAAAAAUUGGAGGUGAUUUUAUUUUGGCAACAGACUGAUGAGUUUUUCAAGUUAUCAUGUGUUUGAAUUCAGACUGGUGGUGAUUUAAAUUUGUAUGUUAAUUAUUUCCAUUGAAAAUAUGUGAAUUUUAAUUUAAUCAUAGAUUAUACAGAACAUAAUUUUGUAAGGAUUACUGUACCUACAUGAAGUUUUGUAAAUAUAUUGUUUUAACAGA